AAUGAAGCCCUUUUGCCUUGAAAAUGAAAGCGACAAGAUACGAUUUAUUGCAGAUUUCUGUCAAAAAGGUUCUGGUGAGUGUAAUUUUCUUCAGAGAAUGUUCAAUGUAAGAUCUAUCCCAAAAUGUUUUGAAACACUUAAAAUUGAUAAUGAAAUGAUAUCAAAGUGGAUUAGAGAAAGUUAUCAAGCAGAUACAAUAGUUGACAAUCUAAUCCAAAAGUUGGAUAAAACUGAUCUUGAUGUCGCGGUGGAAUGUGUGAGAGAGUUUUUUGAAAAUCAACCAUCUGGAAAUGUUAGAGCAAUAGCUAAACUCUAUCAUGAAUUUAUUGAUUCUUCGCCUGACAGAAGAUGUCUACCUAAAAUAUACACUUGCUUGUCUCAAUACAAUGGAUAAAAUGAAAAUAAAGAAACUUGUAGGCAUUACUUUUCGUCACAUGAGCCAAGUUAUGAGCAAAGUGAUUAAUAAAUACAAAAAUAAUCUGGAUCCUAAAAUGUUCAGCAAGAUAUAUCUAGAAAUGCAUCAAAAUAUUCCACAAGCAACAGAUUUCGUUGAGGAAUUUAGGAAAGAAGUUCCACCUUGCAAUGAAAAAUUUUUGGACUAUGAAGAUGG